AUGUUCAUUAGUGGAUCAGAAGAAGUAUUUCUAAUUCCUUCACAAUUAGCUUCCGAGUUUGGUGUAAGGGAAAAGAAUCUCUCUCCUCCCGCCAUCUUUGUCGCUAGCUGUGAGGCAAACCUGCUGCCAGCUCGUGCUUUCUCUCUCUUUCAUGUCUCCAAACCGCGACAGCCCAGUUCAGACCGAAAUGACUGUGCCAGUUUUCAAAAGCCCGCUUGGCGGUGUAGAGUUCGGAGUGACAAUGCCCACACUGUCAAGAGGAGAUUACAGCUGGCGCUAAAUUUCCCGAUAGAGGAAAGUUCCUUGACCUUCGGCGACAUGAUCCUCAAAAACGACCUAAGCGCAGUCCGAAAAGAUUCCCCUCUCCUCCUAACUCGGAACUCAAUGCACCGCAGCUCGUCAACUCCUUGCCUUUCCCCCACUGGCCGCGACAUCCAGCAAAACGAGCUUGGUGGUAUGAUUGAGAUAUUAGGCCACUCGACGAUUUUCUCCAAGACAAAACAGCUCGUGAAGGAAAUAAUCAAAGGGGUCAAAAAUGGGGUUGACCCGUUACCCAUCAACAGCGGGCUCGGAGGCGCGUACUAUUUUCGAAACGUGAGAGGCGAGAGUGUGGCCAUUGUCAAGCCUACAGAUGAGGAGCCCUUUGCCCCUAACAAUCCCAAGGGCUUUAUCGGCAAAGCACUCGGCCAGCCUGGCCUUAAACGUUCGGUCAGAGUUGGGGAGACUGGUUUUCGAGAAGUGGCCGCUUAUCUUCUCGAUUACGGCCAUUUCGCGAAUGUCCCUCCAACUGCCCUCGUCAAAAUCACCCACCCGAUUUUUAACGUGAACGAUGACUUGAAUGGAAACUGCAAGACUCUGAAAAAACGGGCCUUUAGCAAGAUUGCUUCUUUACAGCAGUACAUCCCGCACGAUUUCGAUGCGAGUGAUCACGGGACUUCCAGUUUUCCUGUGUCUGCGGUACACCGAAUUGGGAUUCUCGAUAUAAGGAUUCUAAACACAGACAGACAUGGUGGCAAUCUUUUGGUUAGGAAGCUCGAUAAAACCGGGCAGUUUGGGCAGGUCGAGCUUGUCCCGAUUGACCAUGGGCUCUGCCUGCCCGAGACUUUAGAGGACCCUUAUUUCGAGUGGAUUCAUUGGCCACAGGCCUCGAUCCCGUUUUCUGAUGACGAGCUCGAGUAUAUUGCGAAUCUUGACCCGACACGCGACUCGGAUAUGCUGAGGAGAGAGCUCCCCAUGAUUAGAGACGCUUGUCUGCGUGUGUUGAUCCUUUGCACGGUUUUUCUUAAAGAAGCUGCGGCUAAUGGGCUUUGUCUUGCCGAGAUUGGGGAGAUGAUGAGUCGGGAGUUUAGGAGUGGGGAAGAAGAACCGAGUGAACUCGAGGUUAUUUCUAUCGAGGCCCGAAGGCUUGCUGCUGAGGAGAUUUUGUCUCCUACUACUAAGUUUGGAGCCGAUUUUGAUGAGAAUUUUCAGUUUGAAAUAGACUGUGAGGAUAGUAAUGGGUAUGAGUCGAGUAUGAAGUUGAUCUCUGAGGAGAACUUUACGUCUGUGCCCUUCCAUUUUGGAUUCGGGAGUUUUAACGGACGAACUACACUCUCUAGACUAGAGGAGACUGUUGAGGAAGAUGAUGAUAGUGAAUUAGUAGCAGAUGAGGAGAAAAAUGGGUUGACUAGUGCUCGAACCGUAGUUAGGCGCCCGGUUGCAGUUUCGAAACUUUCUGUUUCUCUGAAUAAUACUAGCUUAGCCGACAAAACCCAGAAAUCGGGAAAAUUUUCGGGUGCAAAGGCAGAUAACGGGUAUCUUGCCAGCUCAUCGUCUGGCCAUAGGAGUGCGAACGAGCAGUUACCGGUGAGCGUGAGUUUUGUUAAGCUUGCGGAUAUGAGUGAGGACGAGUGGGCCCUUUUUCUUGAGAAGUUUGUCGAGCUGCUUGGGCCCGCUUUUGAGAAGAGGAAGUCGGCUAGCUUCGGGCAGAGGCAGAGGCAGAGGCUCGGGACUUCCUGCAAGUUUUGA